AUGAUUCCAAUGGUUCCAUCCUGCCCCCACCUUUUCCUUUUGUCUCUCCUCCUGUUUGUAUCAUCGCCGGUCGCUGCAUCAAACAGGGUCAGCGCCAGCCCGACAAACGACACCAAUGCCCUCACCAGCCAAUUCGGUGCUCUACGGUUUUUCCUAAGCGCCGCCGCCGAUUCUUCCAUAAAUGAAGUCAAUCUUGCUCCGUUGACUUCCUACCUAGCAACGCUAGACUACUCGUCUUUUCAGCGCCUCUCCAUCGAGGGCAGCCUCUACCAAACUACUGCCUCCAACACCGCCUCAAUCACCUCGCAAAAUAUCGCAUUGAUAAGUUGCGACCCGUCCGCCUACACGGGCUAUCUCCAUGUCGCAGACACAGUUUCAGACGUAGUUUCAUUGUCCAACGGGGGUCCCGCCGCCGUGGUGUUGUAUAGCCUACAGUCAGACCAUUGCAAUUAUACCGUCAACGACCCAACCGUCUCUUAUACCAACGUCUUUACCGUGGUCAAUUCGACGGCCUCGCAGCUGUUUUUGAGUCAUCUGUCGAGUAUCAAUACCACCACAAUAGCGGAUAUAAACGCCGAUAUGUCGACGAGUAACUCCGCCCCGGUGUUUGGGAAUGGGACAUCAGGGUCGGGAGGGUCGUCAACCACGUCAACGACGGCCGUGGCGAUGAUUAUUUUGUAUACCAUCACGGGUAUUAUUACGGCGUUGUUUUUGGGGAUUAUUAUUACGGGCGCGAUCCGGGCUCAUCGAAAUCCAGAGCGGUAUGGACCGAGGAAUGUGACGGGACGGCCGCGACAGAGUCGAGCGAGGGGAAUCGCGAGGGCGAUGCUGGAGACGAUUCCGAUCGUCAAGUUUGGCGACAAUAAGGACGAUGGUGUGGGUGCGGCAAAGAGGGAUUUGGAGAUGGCGUCUUCCACUCACACAAGGGAAAGCCAUGAUGCUACUCCUGAACUUUCGCCAACGCAUGAGGCGGCAGAACCUCAGCCGGAUGCAGAUGUCACUGCUUCUACUACUCCUCCUAUCGCUGCCGCUGCUGCUACCCCCGUCGCAACGACUCGCGACAUGGAAGUAGGAAACAACAACUGCCCGAUCUGCACAGACGACUUUGUCAAAGGCCAAGACGUCCGACUUUUGCCAUGCAACCACCAGUUCCAUCCCGACUGUAUUGAUCCAUGGUUGAUCAACGUCUCGGGUACAUGUCCACUCUGUCGUAUCGACCUCAACCCCGGAGGAUCCACCGAGACCGCCGAAGAUGACGAAGCGGCCCACGAAGAGGGCGAAGCUGUGGACGCAGUUGAGUCGUCCACCAACCAGACGAAUAGUAAUAGACACUCCCGUGGCUUGGCAGGCUAUCUAUCAGAUAUCCGCCGCGCUCGCAAUGCGCCUGUCGAAGAACGAAUUGAGGCACUGCGACGGCUGCGCGAAUCUCUACAACAACGACAACGGAACGGAGAUGAUUCGGCGGAAGACACACAAGGUCGCCGACGACAUAUGGCGAUGCGGUUACGCGAUCGAUUCAGGAUUCGGACGAGACAGCAUGGAUCUGAUUCGCCGACUUCGUAA